AUGAGACUUUUAUCCACCGAGACGAAAGAGUUCGAAGUCUUCGACAUUGAAAAUGCUCCACCUUACGCCGUGCUAUCUCACCUUUGGGAGCAUGACGAGGUUCUAUUCCAAGACUUGAGGGACAACCAAAUGCUACGUCCGAGAGCUGGUUUCCGAAAGAUAGUCGCCGCUUGUCUUGUUGCCCAAGAGCGAAUGCUCAAUUACAUCUGGAUUGAUACUUGUUGCGUGGACAAGGAAAGCGAGUCCGAACGAAGUGAAGCGGUCGAGUCCAGCUUCCGCAUCUUCAGAUCAGCGGCGUUAUGCAUUGCCUACCUGUCUGACGUUGAAUCAGGACGGCCUAUGCCGGCCGGAUUUCGACACACUUUCAAACGCAGUAGAUGGUUUACGCGGUCCUGGGCCCUACCGGAACUUAUUGCUCCACCCGAGCUUGUAUUCUACUCCCGUGGAUGGGAACUCAUCGGCACACGAUCGGAGCUCCGGAAUCACCUAUUUGAUAUUACUGGUGUUGACACUUUUAUUCUCCAAGGUGGCGAUCUGGCAAAGGUAUCCGUGGCCCGGAAGAUGUUCUGGGCCACGAAUCGCAAUGCAUAUCGACUUGAGGACAUUGCAUAUUCGUUGGCAGGUUUAUUUGGCGUCGAGAUGAUGCCAAUUUACGGAGAGGGCAACGAACACAUUGCGAAGACCGUCUCAGAUCCAACCCUUUUCGCCUGGAGAAAAGAUUGGCUUCAGAAGUUCACGACAGCCGAAUCAGAGAGACUUCGAUAA